ACACACACACACACACACAAACACACAUACAUAGAUAUAUUUUUUUGCUGUUCGUUUCGCAAUUACCGUUGGUCAGACUUGGAGAUCGCAGUGAAUCGCAGAAAGCAAACAAAUCGUUGACAACACACAAACACAGACACACACACACACACACAUACAUUUAUACCCAAGGAGCCCGACGUGCCGCACAAGCAGAUAGAAAGAGACAAAUAGAAAGAGUGUUUAACACUAGGACAUUUGCUUUUCAACGAUAUAGGCGAAGCGCCCACAUCGCCAGCAUGUGGAGCCCACAAAAAGGUCCUACACGGCUGUGGGACCUUAGACUUAGUAGCUGUAUAUUUAUCUUACAUUUAAUGUUUAGUUUAGUCAUAGCUGGUAAUGAACUGUGGCCCAUGGAUCGGCCAGAUGGUAUGCCAAACAUAGUUUCACUUGAGGUCAUGUGCGGUAAGGAUCACAUGGAUGUCCAUUUGACCUUCUCCCAUCCCUUCGAAGGCAUUGUUAGCUCCAAAGGACAACACAGUGAUCCCCGUUGCGUUUAUGUGCCACCAUCGACGGGCAAGACGUUCUUCUCGUUCCGCAUCUCUUACUCCCGAUGCGGCACCAAACCGGAUCUCAAUGGCCAGUUCUACGAGAAUACGGUAGUCGUGCAGUACGACAAGGAUCUGCUGGAGGUCUGGGACGAGGCGAAACGUUUGCGCUGCGAAUGGUUCAACGACUAUGAGAAGACCGCCUCCAAGCCUCCGAUGGUAAUUGCCGAUUUGGAUGUUAUACAGCUUGACUUUCGCGGCGAUAAUGUUGAUUGCUGGAUGGAGAUACAACAUGGCAAGGGACCGUGGGCGCCGCCAGUGAGUGGCAUUGUGCCACUGGGAUCCACGCUGACGCUUGUCGUCGCCAUCAAUGACUAUCGCGGUGAAUUUGAUAUGCGGGUAAAGUCUUGUGCCGCAUCUGAUGGUUCCGGACAUGUGAUCAAUUUGUCAGAUGAAUUUGGUUGUGUGCUGCGACCCAAGAUGAUAUCCCGUUUCCUGAAGGCCCGUGCGCCCGAUGAGCGCGCCACGGUGAUAACAUACGCCUUCUUCCACGCCUUCAAGUUCCCGGAUGCGCUCAGUGUGCACAUCAAGUGCAAGGUGGAGAUAUGUCGUCAUGGCUGUCUCGAUCACUGCCAGAACUCGGCGCCUGUCGGCGGUGGCGGCGGCGGCGGCGGCGGCGGUGAUGCCUUGGCUCAUGGCGUUGGCAAUGCGCAUGAGCGCAAAGAUGUUCACAUUGCCGAUGUGAUGGGCAGCAGCAGCAGCAACAACAAUGAGCUGCACAGAGAUCUGGACAUGCAGCCGGGCUCAAUGGGACACGGCUCCCAAUCGUUGCAACACGGCUUGGGCGGAUUGGGUGGACUGGGUGGAUUGGGUGGCAUUGGCAGCAUCGGCAAUAUGGGUGGCAUGGAUCAUGACAUCUUCUACGAGGACAUUAUCCACGAUCACAAGCAGACAAUGGGCGGCCCAGCUGCCAGCGAUCUGUAUGAGGAGAAGAGCGGCAAUUUGCAGCCGCGACCCGUGCACGAGGAUCUCGAUGAGGAGGCCGAUCUAUCCGAUCUCUUUGGUGACGAUGAUAUGGGCGACAUGGAUGGCGAAGGUGAACGCUAUCUUGGCCUGAAGAAGAGCGGCAAAUUUCCGCAUGGCCCCCGCCAACUCGAAGCACAAAAGCGAAUGGGCGUACCAAUGGCCGGACCACGCUCCCUGGAACCCAGAUCGGAUGAUGUGCCGCGACCCGUUUACCGGCCACAAGCGGAGGCAUUGAAAAAAUCACGCGAAGAUCACAUCGAUCUCGAUGAGCCAACGGCAAACAGUUCGAAAGAGUCGACUGCAACGCGGGACAGCAGCAAUGGCAGCAAUGGCAGCAGUGGGAACAGUCGACGUCGUCGUCGCUCCUUGGUUAUCUCGGAUCGAAAGGUGCGCAGCGCCGAUGUCGGCGUUAGCGGUCUAUACGAUGUCAUUUCCGAGGCGGAUUUGGCCUUCUCGCCGGAUGUCAAACAGGAGGCGGUCACCGUUUUUCAGGGCAAGAUCAGUGAGGAGGUCGUCUAUGGCAUCUGUAUGCCGGUGCCCGGUUUUAGUAUACUCUUCAUUGUUGUAAUUUCGGCGACAAUUGUCUCAGCGUUAAUUGCCGGCUCGCUGCUAUAUCGCUAUCAGCUGCAGAAGGAGGCGCUCGAGAAGCAGACACCGAUGCCGGUGCCCGGCACCCUUGCCUCCUGGAUGACGUUGCGGCUCUUUCGCAUGCGACAUCUACAACAACAACAGCAGCAGCAACAACAGCAACAGCAGCAACAACAGCAUCAGCCAUAA